AUGACCUGUCACUACUGUCAUCAUGAGUUCUGCUUCGUUUGUCUUCAGCCUUGGACUAGCGAGGGCUUCCAUCAGGACGCCGGUUGCCCUUCGUACGGAGACCCAGAGGAAGGGUACGACAACGAGGGUUACGAGCUGGGUGGUCGAGGCCUACACCGAGACACUGGUUAUAACCGCAUGGGGCUCAACCGAUUUGGUCAGCGACAACUGAGCCACGCUGUUGUGGAAGAAAGUGCAGCCAGUGAACACGAUCAGUAUUCGGACAAUGAGGACCUGGAUUACGAUGAGUACGAGAUAGACUAUGCCGAUGAAGAACAAUGGGUAGACGACGCACAAUUUGGAAAUAACGAGCGAGCAGACGGAAUUGCGCCUCAGGACGAGAUUGAGUGGGGAGAACCAGCACAGGGUGGUAGGCCAUGGGACGAAGAACUGGAUGCAGAACAAGACGUGCAAAUCCUCAACUUCGACAACUCCUGGCGAGUGGAGCUUGUUCCUUUCACGGAUGAAGCAAACCCAGUCGAAGCUACAAUUGUGACUUCGUGGGAUCUGGCACCAGCAUCUCAGGGACACUCACAGGCAUCACCACCACCCGACUCUGUCCGUGAACAAAUUCGUCUCGCCCGACGCGUCCCGAUUCUUGCUCCGAAUCCGCAUCCCGAGGACAGCGUCUUCAGCGGAGUAUCGGAACAACUGGAGGAUGAGCUUUGGGCCGAUUGUGAUGAGGACAUAUUGGGUCUGGCUACAAUGUUGGGGGUUUACGAGACUCAACUAUUCGAGCUGCAGCCGUACCUGUACUGGGACUUUGGAAUCCGGCUUAUGUUCGAAGAGCUGGAGCUGCAGAUGCGGAAGGACUACUGCGCUGUUACUGAGGAGGAUGUGGGAAUACCAGGGCUUACGCUGACAUUUGACCUUGCAACGAACCCUUUUGCACCCUUACACUGGGACAGCUAG